AUGGACGACGUGCGUGUGGAGCCCUCCGCGUUCGACGCCGUCGUCGUCAGCUCCGGCCUCCCUGAGGUUCUGAUCGCAAGCGCCCUGGCUCGGGCCGGCAAGUCGGUGCUCCUUCUGGAUGCUUCUGAAUGGUACGGCGGCGCGUGGGCCAGCCUGCCUGGCCCGGCUUUCGAGGAGCUGAUUCUCACCAGCAGCAGCGGCAGCAGCAGCGGCAGCAGCAGCGGCAGCAGCAGCGGCAGCGGUAGAAGCAGCACGGAAGCCCCACCCGCGGCCGGCGCCGUGGCCGCCCCGCCGCCGCCAACGGGCCCCAGCGACCCCCUGCCAGCCGGCUGCCGCUUCGUGCCCGUCGGGAUACCGGGCCCGGCCGCCGCACUGUCCGGCGCAACACUGCAUGCGGCGGAAGCCGGCGGCGGCGGCGCCUUUGACCGCCGCUGCAUCGUUGACCUGGCCCCCAAGGUGCGUCGGUGA